UGCAUCAAGUGUUUUUCCUCUUCACUCGUGAUUACCGACUGAAUGUCUUCGUUGGUAUUGAGGUGUUGCUGUGGAAAUACGGUUGAAACGGUCGUGCAAAACAGAUCCCCUGCGUCGAGAGGAAUCGAUUUUCAGUGGAAUAGUAAAUCAUUUUCAUUUGUGUCCCUGCUUACCAUUCGAUACGCAUCGUGCACAGAACAAAGAGAAAGAGAACAGGCGAGCGAUAUCAUCCCGUUGCAUCCCUGUCAGCAGCGGGCCACUAAUCAACGGACUGCAUUUAUUCAAUCGAAGUUACGUCGUUCCACGGAACAGUCGACGAAUUUAGCUCAAUCGCGAUAGUAACCUUCCCAAACGAGUGUGUGCGUGUGUAUAUGUGAAAGUGUAGUAGGACUGUGUUCACCGACCGAGUAUCGCAGCACCGUAUUGAAAACGCGUGUCGUGGCAAAGAAACAAUGUCCUCGGUGGAAAAUGCUGAAAAUGGCGUAGGAAAAUACUCUUAUCAGACCGUGUACUACAUCAUUACCAACAACAACAACAGUAACGGCACCGAAGGCGAACCGGAUCAGGUGGAAAACUUACAUGCGAUUACUGCAGCUGUCGAUAGUGAACUUACACGGAAGCGUCGCAAAAUAGAGGCAAUUAAGAUGCAGGGACAAAUGCCCGGUGCAGUACAGGCCCAGGGUGGAUCGCCACAGGCUGCCGCCCUAGCAGCUCAGCAGCAGCAGCAGCAGCAACAACAGCAACAAAGCAUUUCGGUGAAGAUGGAUCCAGCAAAUCAGCUGUCUUCUGCUGGGCUGUUGGAGCUGGCCCACCGAGAGUAUCAAGCAGUUGAUUACGAAAAUGCGGAACGCCACUGCAUGCAGCUGUGGCGCCAGGAGAGCAACAACACCGGCGUACUGUUGCUGCUGUCGUCGAUCCACUUCCAGUGCAGACGGCUGGACAAAUCGGCCCAAUUUUCUACCCUGGCCAUCAAACAAAAUCCUCUCCUCGCCGAAGCAUACAGCAAUCUGGGAAAUGUUUAUAAGGAGCGCGGACAGCUCCAGGAAGCCCUAGAAAACUACCGACAUGCAGUGCGUCUGAAGCCCGAUUUCAUUGACGGGUAUAUCAACCUGGCCGCUGCAUUAGUUGCAGCCCGUGACAUGGAACAGGCAGUACAAGCGUACGUCACCGCUCUGCAAUACAACCCGGAUCUGUACUGUGUGAGAAGUGAUUUGGGAAAUCUGUUGAAAGCACUCGGCCGGCUUGACGAAGCGAAGGCAUGCUAUCUGAAAGCCAUCGAAACUAGACCAGACUUUGCGGUGGCCUGGAGCAAUCUCGGGUGUGUGUUCAACGCGCAGGGUGAGAUAUGGCUGGCGAUACAUCACUUCGAGAAGGCGGUUGCGCUCGACCCGAACUUCCUCGAUGCCUACAUCAAUCUGGGCAACGUGCUGAAGGAAGCCCGCAUCUUCGACAGAGCCGUCGCGGCAUACCUUCGCGCCCUUAACCUAUCGCCCAACAAUGCGGUGGUGCAUGGAAAUCUGGCCUGCGUAUACUACGAGCAGGGACUCAUCGAUCUGGCCAUCGAUACGUACCGCCGUGCGAUCGACCUGCAGCCCAACUUCCCCGACGCUUACUGCAAUCUGGCGAACGCGCUGAAGGAAAAGGGUCAGGUAAAGGAGGCGGAAGAAUGUUACAACAUUGCGCUCCGGCUCUGCCCGAACCAUGCCGAUUCGCUGAACAAUCUGGCCAACAUCAAGCGCGAGCAGGGCUACAUCGAGGAAGCGACCCGGCUGUACCUCAAAGCGCUCGAGGUGUUCCCGGAGUUUGCGGCCGCCCAUUCGAACCUGGCCUCGGUGCUACAGCAGCAGGGCAAGCUGAACGAGGCGCUGCUACACUACAAGGAAGCGAUUCGCAUUCAGCCCACGUUCGCCGACGCGUACUCCAACAUGGGCAACACGCUGAAGGAGAUGCAGGAUGUGGCCGGCGCACUGCAGUGCUACACGCGCGCCAUCCAGAUCAAUCCAGCGUUCGCAGAUGCGCACAGCAAUUUGGCCAGCAUUCACAAGGAUUCGGGCAACAUCCCGGAGGCGAUCCAGUCGUACCGGACGGCACUGAAGCUGAAGCCUGAUUUCCCCGACGCGUACUGCAACCUGGCGCACUGCUUGCAGAUCGUUUGCGACUGGACCGAUUAUGAGGCGCGCAUGAAGAAGCUGGUGGCGAUCGUUGCCGAUCAGCUGGACAAGAAUCGGCUACCGUCGGUGCAUCCGCAUCAUUCGAUGCUGUACCCGCUGUCGCACGAGUUCCGCAAAACGAUCGCCGCACGGCAUGCGAAUCUGUGUCUGGAGAAGAUUAACGUAUUGCACAAGCCACCGUACAAGUUCGGGCGUGAGCUAAAUGGACGCAUUCGCAUCGGCUAUGUGAGCAGCGAUUUUGGCAAUCAUCCGACGUCCCAUCUGAUGCAGUCCAUCCCCGGAUUGCACGAUCGCAGCCGGGUGGAGAUUUUCUGCUACGCACUCAGCCCCGACGAUGGCACGACGUUCCGCGGGAAGAUAAGCCGGGAGGCGGAACACUUCAUCGAUCUGUCGCAGACACCGUGCAACGGGAAGGCGGCCGAUCGCAUCCAUGCCGAUGGCAUCCACAUUUUGGUAAACAUGAACGGCUACACGAAGGGUGCGCGGAACGAAAUCUUUGCCCUAAGGCCCGCCCCGGUACAGGUGAUGUGGCUCGGCUAUCCCGGCACGAGUGGCGCCUCGUUCAUGGAUUACAUCGUUACGGACGCGGUCACCUCGCCGCUCGCGCUAGAGUCACAGUACAGUGAAAAGUUAGCGUACAUGCCCCACACCUACUUUAUCGGCGACCAUCGACAAAUGUUCCCGCACCUGAAGGAGCGCGUGAUCGUGAGCAAUAAAACGACGGGCAAUUCGCUCGCGGACAAUGUGGCCGUCAUCAAUGCGACCGAUCUGUCUCCGCUGGUCGAGAGUACCGAUGUGAAGACGGUUCGGGAGGUAGUGCUGGCGAACAAGCCGGUCGAAAUUCAGCACAAGGUAGCCGAGUUGCCUACGACGACACCGAUCGAAACGAUGAUCGCGUCCGGGCAGGUGCAAACCUCGCUCAACGGUGUAGUGGUGCAGAACGGGCUGGCAACGACACAGACAAACAACAAGGCCGCAACCGGCGAGGAAGUGCCGCAGAACAUUGUCGUCACCACGAGGCAACAGUACGGCUUGCCGGACGACGCGAUCGUGUACUGUAACUUCAACCAGCUGUACAAGAUCGAUCCGCUGACGCUACAGUCCUGGGUAACGAUCUUGAAGCACGUUCCCAACUCGGUGCUUUGGCUGCUUCGUUUCCCGGCCGUCGGUGAGGCUAACAUUCAGGCCACCGCCCAGCAGCUGGGCAUUUCGGCCGGACGCAUCAUCUUCUCGAAUGUUGCCGCGAAGGAGGAACACGUGCGGCGUGGUCAGCUGGCGGACGUGUGUUUGGAUACGCCGCUCUGCAAUGGACACACCACCUCGAUGGAUGUGCUGUGGACCGGAACGCCGGUGGUAACGCUUCCCGCCGAAACGUUGGCAUCCAGAGUUGCCGCAUCGCAGCUCGCAACGCUCGGCUGUCCGGAGCUGAUUGCCGAAUCGCGCCAGGAGUAUCAGGACAUCGCCAUCAAGCUCGGCACCGACAGAGAGUAUCUGAAGGCGAUCCGGGCGAAGGUGUGGGUAGCUCGCUGCGAAAGUCCACUGUUCGAUUGCAAGCAGUACGCACAGGGAUUGGAGACGCUGUUCUACAAAAUGUGGGAGCGAUUUGCGCGUGGCGAACGGCCCGAUCAUAUUUCGGCGAAGGAGAAGUAAAUCUGGCACUAGCUUUUUCGCCGCUCGGUUGGCGCCCGACGGAUGAUGAGAAAUACUUUCCACACUUUCUUUCUUUUUACCUUUGCUUUUCGUAUUUUUCUAAGUGCAUUUCACUCACAACAAUACGUGUGAAUGAGAAGCAACUUCCGGUGUGUACUUUUCCUGUGUGUACGGUUUGUGGUCGUUUUCAAACGAAAAGGGUUUUGUUGUUAAUUUUUUAAGAUUUUCCUACGUUAGGGAUUAUGCAUGAGUAGGGUUGAUUAGCUGUGCCGGGCUGUAUCAUCUUAUUUUCUUUUCUUUUAUUCUUCUGAACAUAUUUUGAGCGAUUUAGCCAUUUUUUUACAUCCAUAUUCUUUACACUGGCAUAGAAUAUAUCCGUAUGUAAGAGUUCCUCCACCAGGAAAAGGCUCCCCUAAAAAAAUGAUAACAUUUUCUUAGGUUUUUUUUACUCUUAUUAGGAUGGUCGAAACUGUUACUUAAAUUGCGGGAAAGGAGGUUGCAGGGAUAGAACCAAUCGAUAUUGGUUAUUUCGCGCAACGCACGGUAUACUGUACAUAGCUCAAAAUGACGAAGUUUCACGUUUAUCUAGCGCCGUCUGAAUUAAACCGGAACAUUUUACUCACAUUUACGGGGGAGAACAGUAAGAGCUACAGGAUAGAAGGAAAAGCCGCUGAAAUGUUUGUUGGCCUUAUGGCCACAGAACUGUUUCCCGUCUCUCCUAACCACACGUUUAAUACAACAGCAGCAACAACAACAAAAUUCAACCGUUACCGAGAUUUUCUCCCAACUUGUAUAUAUAUUUGCAAAUGUCCGGUACACUUUUUGUGUGUUAUAAUCGAGCUCCUAUCGGGUAGCGCACUAGGUGUAAAAUUCUAAGCGUAAACAAGUUGUCGAAUUAUACUAUUACUCGACUCAUCUGCGAUCUAUUAGAUAAGAAUUUUGAAUGAAUGUUACAAUUAAAGAAAAACAAAAAUGGUUUACAAUUACUUUAGACAAAAAA